CAAUUGGUAAAGAUCAUGUAAACAAUUGAGUAAAUAUAUUAAAGAACCACACAAGCAUGGCUGUCUCUACUGGAACAAGACUACUAACCCUGCUAGAAGGACUACCUCUCCUCUCAUGCUCUAAGCUACAACAACCAGUCUGCCUACUCAGUACCAAGACAAGAGUGAGCAGAUACAAACACAAACAACUAUCAUCAUCAUCCAGUCAUCACGGACAACGUCGGCGUCUCGUCAUUCUUGGAACAGGUUGGGGAAGCUACAGCGUCUUCAAGAAUGUCAAUAAGAAAUUAUUUGAUGUGAUUGUUAUAAGUCCUCGCAAUCAUUUCCUCUUCACCCCUCUCCUGGCUAGCACGACCGUCGGUACACUCGAGUUUCGAAGCAUUAUUGAGCCUGUAAGAAACUCCGGCUUUAGAGACGAACACCAUUUCCAUUUGUCCUAUGCUCAGAGGCUAGAUACAGAGAAUCGCCUGGUGUACUGUGAGAGUGCUCUGGACUCUACUAGGAAGUAUAGUGUCGAGUAUGAUCACCUCGUGAUUGGUGUCGGUGCCGUAUCCAGUGAUUUUGGGGUCCCUGGUGUAAAGGAACACGCAUUCUUUCUCAAGGAAAUUGUUGAUGCGCGUCGAAUUCGGAAUCGGAUAUUGACCAACUUUGAGCUAGCCACUCAACUGUUAGAGAGUGACCCUGACCGGAGGAGGCUGCUCCAUGUGGUGAUAGUGGGGGGUGGGCCCACUGGGGUGGAGUUUGGUGCAGAGUUCUACGACUUCUUCCAACAGGAUUUAGGGCGUUUAUUCCCAGAGGAGAAACUGGACGUACAGGUCACACUCAUAGAAGCUAAUCAGAUCCUGUCUUCUUUCGACAAGAAACUACGCAACUACACCGAGAAGUUGAUGAAGAAAAGAAAAUCCAUGAACAUUGUCCAGGCCUCAGUGGUUGAGGUGACAGCCACUGAAGUGAGGCUGAGCAAUGGCCAGACUAUUCCUUGUGGACUGGUGGUGUGGUCGACGGGAGUAGCUCCACGGAGGUUCACUAAAGACUUGCAGCUGGACAAGAACAAGAGAGGACAGAUCAGAGUGGACGACCACCUGCGUGCCUAUGGUGAUGGGACUGGGCUCGUGUAUGCCCUGGGGGACUGUGCCAGUGUGGAGGGCCAGGAGCUCCCCUGCACUGCACAGGCCGCCGAGAGACAAGGUAUUUAUCUGGCCAGAGCUCUCGGGGAGACUGUCAAGGGAGAACAACCGGAGGCCUUCCUCUUCAAGCCCUGGGGCAUGCUCGCGUACGUGGGUGGGUACAAGGCUCUCGUGGAUAAGUCCAAUAUCAAGUCACAAGGAUUCCACUCGUGGGUGCUAUGGAGAUCAGCCUACGCCACUCAACUGGGCAGCUGGCGACUCAGAAUGCAAGUCCCUAUAGACUGGUGUAAGACCUUCUUUUUUGGUCGUGACACAUCUAGAUUUUGAGCUAGUGUGUGUAAAAAUGUAUGGUUAUUAUUUUUUAUGUGCAAAAUGUAGUUAAAAAUAAUAAUUAUAAACCAAAAAGUGA